GCGUCUUGCGGUGCGAUGAGUUCAGUUUACCUGCGCAGUAGGACAGGUAAGUUAAUCCUGUUAGAUGGCCGUGACACGUUGGCCGGCUUCAAUUCAGUACAGGGAUCUACUCCGCCCGCAGCGUAUCCGUCCCAUGCGAUGUGUGACGCCAAAACUCGUAAACCUGCACCUGCCAUACUGGAGAAGGUCGCCAUCUAUGAAAACGUGUUGUCUGCGCAAGCGCUGAGCGCGGCAGGCGGCGUGGUCUCACCGGAGUCGCCGACACUGGCCGAGCUCGACAUGGUGCAGGAAGGCGAGGCCGCGGGCGCCGACGGCCUUAUCGCCCCUCGCCGGUUGCCCAACCCGUAUCUCGAAAGCCAACAGCGCAUGGAUUUGCAUAGAGAACUGCUCUUUAAUCAGAGGAUAGGGAAAAAUGUUCUUAAUCAAAAGAGCGAACUACAAAAGGCGCUUUCGAAACACAAAGAAAAGCAGAUUAUGAACCAAGUGAAAGAACACAGAGAAACUCCAGAGUUAGAGCGCGCCAUAGCGGAGCGCGCGCGGCGGCUGGAAGCGGCGGCGGAGCAGCCGGAGCCGCUGGAGGCGGGCACGAGCGCGGCGCUGCAGCAGCUGCGCGCGCGCCUGCGCCACGCCGCGCCCUCUCCCGCCGCCUCCGCGCACUAACUGCUCGUCGCCGCGCCGCCGCAGCCGUAGGCAAGCGUUUUCUUAUUUCAGCCGCCUACCCACAGAUGGUUGUAGUAGCUCUUAUACCGGCUCCACACUGUCGUCGAACAGUUCGCCGAACUUUUAACAUCACCGGUUAUUUUUAACGCAUGGAAUGCGGUAUACAAAUUUCGCAUUCAAAAUACGCAUACGCAAUGUAAAUUCAUUCGUGUCGACAUAAUCUGUCUAGUUCGACGACAGUGUAUAGCCGGCAUUUUUUUUGAGAGGCUGGAAAACGAUUUAUUGUGGCGCAGCAAUACAAUAAAUACACUUCGCCAUGAUUAGUCAUUAUACCAUAUUCAAUGAAUCAUUAUGUAUACGUCAGCCACUGGAAUGAAUAAAAAAUGAUAUUUCAAUUCUGAACACGGCUGUUAUUAUAGGAAUUUUUCCACUCGGAAAAUUCCAACAGUAAUCGGAAAAUGCUUGACUACGACAAAUUCACGUUUAAUUUAGCAUUAAAUUUUCUAAUUGAUUUUAAACUGUACUUUUAAUUUUACUGUGGUUAAGGAAAAACCUUCUGUAUCAAAUCACAAAAGUAAUUCAAAACGUAUUACCUUUGAAUUUAAAAAUGUGAGAAGUGUCACAAAAUGGUUGCGUUUGGGAUGAAAAUAAAAAUGGAGGUUAUGUAAAGGAUGUGAUGUAAAAUAAAAUUUUAAAAUAAAAGGUAUUUUCGCAUAAAAUUGUGGAUGUGUGGGCAAAGAUCAAAUGUUUGUGUGAGUGCAUGCUUGGGUCGCCAAAGCUUGAAUGGUUAUUUUAUGUUGUAAGAUAAUUUUAUUAAGGCUUUAAUUUUUUUGUCAUCGAAAGUAAGUCACUAAAAGUGUCACAAGGUAAACGAUAAAAUAUAAGUUUUGUACAGUUAUUUCAAAUUAUGUUAAUUAGUUUUGUUUGGAAUAUUGCUUAUCUUAAAAAUAGUUUAAUUAAAUACUUAUAUAAUAACAUGCAACUUGUUGCCAUUUAAUAUUGAUCAAUUGGAAACCGCAACUAAAUAUGAGACUAUCAUCUAUUGUUUUCUUAUAUUUAUGUAAUUAUAGUACAAUGUCGUUCGAUUGACUGAGUAUCGACUGUACGAGAUUUAAUAUAGGGUAAAUGUCGACUUCGAGCAAGAGAAAAAUAUUUUUCUAAACUUUUUGACGACACACACAUUCGUGGUAGAGUUCAUUUGUAAACGUUUACUGUUCUCGUUAACUUCUCUUAUACUUGUCAUACAACAAAUUUCAGGGUUGCAGCACUACAAGGCGCAUAUCUAUAAAUAUUUUGUAGAAAUUCUAUCGGAUUAGGGAAUAUUACUGCGACGUUAUCACUCUAGAGCGCAGCACUUUGCUGUCACAAUUUGCUGUAUAUGAACAAGUUUCUCGUUUCACCACAUUCUCAUAAAUCAUCAUCGUGUAACAUGACAUAAACUAACUGUUAUAUAAAUCUGUCUGCCCUAAUGUAUGAUUCUGUAAGGAAAUAUUAUAAAGUUUUUGGCAAAAGUGGUUGUUACCGCUUAUGCUUGUGCCGCCAUCUGCUGGGAGCGUUGCAUAAUAUUCCCUUGAUAACUUAUUAGGCUCUUUAGUCUUGGCAAUUAGAGCCAAUCUAUGUACCAUGUAUAGACAGCGUAUAUUUUGUAGUUCUGUUACCCCGGUAAUAUGUAUAUCUUAAGAUGUAUUAAAGUGAAAUAUUUACUACUUAACUGUAGAACGUAGAUAGAUGUUGGCAAUUAUAGAAUGUAUGACAUAGAAUUUAUAACAUUAUAUUCAUAUUUUAUCGACUUGUAGAAAUCUUAUGAACUUUAGUGUGGACAAGUGUGAUUUAAUAUAUAGAAAUAUUAUAUCUAUGUACACAUGUUCUAUUUUAUUUGUUUCUUCUUGUAAGUCCUCAUGGCUUUUCAUUUGUUACAUGUGACAUCAAAUCUAACGAUGAGAGAAAUAUAGAGUACAGUCAGCAGCAUAUCACGCUGGAUAAAAUCAAUUAGGUAAGUUCGCGCUCUGAUUGUCAUAUGUAAGAAAUGACCGCCCCUACGAGUGUAGCACCACCCAGAUGACCAGUAUAUGUUCGAAUUUGAAGUGUUCAUAAACGUGAUAGAUGAAAAAUAUUUUUGUAUAUUUAUGUAUUGUCUGUAGUUACAGUGAUACAAAGUCUACUGUAGAAACCCCGUGAAUAUAACAAUAAUGUAGUUUACUGUAUCAGUACUAAGUAAAACAAUGUCAUUGCUAAUAGCGACGCUCCAAAUAGAUAUCCAUGUUUCUGUAGAUUUAUUAAAUUUAAAUCAUUUUGUAAUAAAGUAAUACAGUUGUUUUCUGAGGAGCUUCCUUCGAAAUAGCUCUUACAAAAUGGAAAAAUCAUUAUUUUAGAUUUCAUUCCUUGUAAUUAAAUAAGGCACCGCAAGCAAAGAACGUAUCUAAAUGGAGCGUAGCAUAAUAAUAUAUUUAUCUACGAUGUAGACUAUUAAAAUGAAUAUUGUCGGACCGGCUGCAGAAUCUCUAGUAAGUAUAUAUUUAUCUUCACACAACUUACAUACAUACACAAAUUUAAGAAACAUUCAAAUAUGGGCUAAUAGUUUUACCAAAAUUUUAUUCAAUCAAAAUUCAAAAAUCUUCAAGUAAAUAAUAUUUUCUUAAUAUAAAAAUUAUCCGAACUUUUUAUCGUACUUAUUUCUCGGGAUAAAAUGUUAAUGUACCUAAUAAUAUCCUUAGUUAAUACCUGAAAUUAUUAUUUUUUCCCUGUAUAUGAAAAUUAUUUUCGUUCUCUCCAUUGUGCCUAUUAAAUAUUGUUAUUUACUUUCAGAGUAUUAGUUAUUUAUGAUUGUAAGGUAGAUUUUAUAGGAUGACGAUUCUCACAAAGAUACGUACCAAAAUUUCACAUAAAAUCAUUCCACUUGUUAUUCUUUCACUUGAGCAUUUAAUUUAUGAAAUUCAUUUUUCGUUUUAAGGAUAUUGUUAAGUUGUGUUGUACAAAGUGGCGUCUUCUGUGAAGUUAAGUUUGUGCUUCAUGCUUUUCGAAGCUAAGUAAUUAACGUGGCCAUUUAUUUGGAUAUUAUGUAAAUAACAUAUUAUUUAAGGAAUGUACUCUUUGCAAUAUUAAAUUGACCGUGAACUGUACCAGAAAUUGAUAAUUUGCAUAGACAAAUAAAUUGUUUUAGCGUCAAUAA